AUGCUGGGUCGAAGAUAUCCCUUUGACCCUCCCUUGACUCUGACGGGUGCCAAACAAGCGAAGUCUGUGGCUAAGGAGCUCUUUGCCAAGUACGGCGAUUUUUCCGUGGUGGUCUCAUCACCCUUCAUCAGGUGCAUCGAAACUGCGGUGGAGAUUUGCCGUGUUUUCAAUUGUGGCUUAUGCAUCGAUCGACAACUCGGUGAGGUCUUCUCCCCUGCCUACUUCGGCCCUUGGGACUUGCCGGGUCCCAAAAUGCGCAGCCCUGAAGAGAUUUGCGCAUACGUGCCCAACGAUGUGAGGAUUGUUGGGGUGGGCGAUGACGAAGGGUCCAAGAGCAACGCGGAAGGCUUCAUAGGCACCACCCCCCAGUGGCCGGAGAAGAAUGGCAAACUGCGGCUGGCGAUCCGCGUGGAACAGCUGUCUGAGAAGGCAGGAAAGUUGGGCGGUGCCAAUUUGGUCUUGGUGACGCAUGGUGAUUGCGUGGCAGGAUGUUUGGCCCUCGCCAGCACCAAGGCCGAGCUGACAGCCCCGGUGGUGUCCAAGGGGCCGUAUUGUGGCUUUGUGGUUCUGGAACGCCCAUUCCAAGCAGAUGAGCCGCCCAAGAGCCUGUUGGAUCCCGCUGCUGGUUGGAAUGUAUACAACGGCCACAACGAGGUGCUCUACCGAAACUCGCAGCAACUUUCCACCUGGAGCCCGGUGACGGAGAAGAAGGCAGCGCAACUGCAGAGCUUGGCCAAAGACUUGGCAAAGCGAAACCAGACACAGGCGGUCGAAAUAGAGGAGGAGACCACAGAGAGCCCGCGACGGCGACAAAAGCGGCAAACCACCUUGAUAUUGGAAAACGAGUUGUCGGACUUCGCCUUCAAGAGCUGCUCCCUGACUUACCACCAGAGCGUUGUAUCUCAGAUGACUGAUGUGAAGGAUGAGGCUCAGACGAAGAUCAGUGAACUGCGGCUUAGCUCCGAAGGCAUUUCUCCCCAGCUGCAGCGUUGGAGCUGCCAGGCCAAGAUCUUGGUGAUGCAGCCCCGGAGAAUUGCCGCCACCACCCUGGCAGAACGCAUCGCAGUCGAAAGAUGCCAGCGCUUGGGCGUGGACGUGGGAUACCAGGUGCCCAGUGCCUCGCAGUCGGAGAACGCCCGGUUGGUUUUUUGCACCCUGGGGGUGUUUCGGAGGAGGCUGCUCCUUGACCCAGAUUUGGUGGGUGUGACCCACAUCAUUUUUGACGAGGUUCAUGAGCGAGACAAGUUGGCGGACUUCAACAUGAUUGUAGUCAGGGACUUGCUGGCACGACGGAGUGACCUUAGGUUGGUGCUGAUGAGCGCCACACUGCAGAUGGACACCUUUGAGCGCUACUUCGAAGGUGCAGCCAAGGUGAAGAUUCCGGGCCGCGUGUACCCAGUGAACGAGCUGUACUUGGACGAAGUUGCUGCCACCCUCUACAAGCAACAGCAAAAGAUGUUCCAGCUGUGGCUCGG